ACCUUGUGUUCGUUCUCUUUAUCCACGCUGCUAUUGUAAGAAGACGACCAAAGAUGGUGACGACGACGAGCGUCGUCGGAGCUCCGUUGGUGGUUGCUCGGUCUAGACGGAUUCCGACGACCCUCAAGUGCUUCGCUUCCACCGCGAACUCCGAGCUUCUCCGCUCCCAGCUCGAUCGGCUUCACGCGGAGGCAGAGUCCACUCGUGCUAAAGCAAAUAGUAAUAGGUUGAGACUUUUGAGAUUAUCCGAAGCUGCAGAGAAUCUACGGAGACAAGCUUCUCUUCAUGUUCAGACGGGUAAAGAGAAUGACGCAAGAGAGUUGCUUCUCCAGAAGAAGAAAGUCAUGCAAGCUUUGGACAAGGCCAAAGCUCGUAUCGAGUUGCUCGAUACCCUUUCUUCAAAACUCAACGAGGCAAUAUCUCUCAAAGAAACACAGCUGAUUGGGAACAUAUCUUUAGAUCUCCAAGUAGAUAGUGACAAUACCUCAGAUGGAGUUCACAUUGUAUCUCCAAAGCCUGAAUCUACUGAAGAAGGGCAUGAGAAUGACCAAACUGACUUGGGCUUUGAGGAACACCAAGAAACUGUCGGUGGUACCGAUGAUAAUCAUGCACUGGAAGAGGCUUUAACUGGCAGCAUCUUCGGUGAAGUGUCUUCUUACGAGUCUUUCCUGGAGAAUCUAGACCAGAAACUUGGCAGAAUCGAGGGUGAGCUAGUCACUGUUGUGAAUGUUGCGUCGUUGGUGCUUAGUCAUGAAGAUAAACCCAAUAAUCUAAAGGUUCAGCAAACAUCAGAAAUUCUUGAAGAGAUUCGUUGUGUGAGGCAAAGGAUUGCAAGUAUCAUUUGCAAAGAAGCAAACAUCAGUUAGUGCCUCAAGCUCCUCUUCUUGGUAUGAACUGUUAUCAUUUCUAUACUCAUUCAGGUCUAUGGACAUUAUCUUGAUGUGAUGUGAAUAUUAAAUAUCUUCUAAGUUUGGUACAUUUAAUUUUGAUGUGAUAUGUACACAAAACACAACAUAGGAACAUAAACAUUCAUGACA